GGGAAUCAUUCCAAGCCUUCCUGACCUUGGGAAAGCACCGGAGGGUUCGCCCGUCUGUUCCUUGUUUGUGGGGUUUGUUCCAGUGUCCGCCUUCAAGGUGCUAUACGAUCUUCAGCCCUCAAGCAGACACCAGCAGUAUCAUUCUGCAUUCUUUUCACGAGGCAGACGAAGGGAUUCGCGUGAAGGGCUGAAUGCAGAGAAGCCGGUGAAAGGUGAUAGUUUCCAGCUGUGCGAAAGGGCGGGGGACGGAUCAGCUGACCAGAAGGUGACCAUGGAUACAGGAAGUGACAGAACGCUUUUCCUGCUGAACGUUGCCCUGUUGAUUCUUGUCCACCUGCAUGGCAGUUCUUCCUGUAGGACCGGAACGCGUGCUGAGUGCGAGGAAGCCCGCUUUGUGCCGGGGUACAAUCUCGCGGGGGAGGGCUUCGACGUGGUGAGCAUGCUACGUAAGGGGGCCUACGUCAUCGACGUCAAGGCCGCCGCGGCCCCCAACCACACGUGCACACUGUGUGAGAACCGAUUCCAGGGGGGCCAGGUGCAGAAGCUUCCCGCUCCCGUGUUGGAUUGGCGCCCCUUCAGCUCCUGCAGCAAGCAGCUCUCCAGCAUGCUACAUCACUCUGUGGACUCCUUCAUCCGGAGCUCCACCGCAGCCAUCGGCGACAACUGGAACACGGGCUUGAAUGUGGAUGCUGUGGGUCAAGGGAUCCUUAAGGGCAGCCGCUCAGAUAUCGCCCACUUCGCCAGCAUCCAGGCCAGUAUGGACAAGGCCACCUUUGCUACUCAUGAGAUCAGUUGUUCUUAUUACAGUUACAGGCUGGCUGACCGUCCUCCAGUCAGCAUGGAGUUCUUCAAGCAUCUCCAGACACUGCCUCAGAAGUUUGAUGACAAGAGCAGGCUUUUAUACCAGAGGAUAAUUGAUACCUACGGCACUCACUACAUCCGGCAGGUGCGGCUCGGUGGCAGGAUUCGGCGAGUGUCCGCGUUCCGCACCUGCUUGGCCACCCUGAUGGGAUUUUCUGAGUCCGACAUUAAGAACUGCCUGAACGUGGAACUGAAAGCAACAUUGGGGCUGCUUCCAGCAAAUGUGUCCUUCUCACAGAAAUGUCGGGAUAUUUUGAAGAACAACAUGAGCAUGGGGUUCUACCAAGGGUUUAUGGCGCACAAGAUUCAAGUCUCGGGAGGGGAGAAAUACCUUCCAGAUGUUGUCCCUCACCAGGUCCCAUCUGAAGCUUACAGCAGCUGGAUCAGCAGCUUGACUGACGAUCCUGACAUCGUCUCCUUCACCAUCUUGCCCCUUCACUACUUGGUCCAUGACCCACAUGUCAGAGAUAAUCUAAAGCAGACUGUGCAGGAGUAUAUACGGGAGAAUGAACUUCAGGUGGAUCACAGCAAGGUCAGAAGGUGUCUGUCGUCACCCAACCUGGAUUACAACUGCUGCCCACUUCGGGCAGGUCGUGGCAGGUUGAGCAUCGUAGUACAGAGAGCCUCUGACCUGAGAGCUGACCUCUUCACCCGGACCGACGGCUUCGUGAAAGUCAUGUACGGCGAUAAGUACGAGCAGACGGAUUUCCUCAAGGAUGAAAACAACCCCACAUGGAACGUGCUGUUAAACUUCGGUUCUGUGGAGUUGGGUCACCAGCUGAUUUUUGAGGUCUGGGACAAGGAUAUCUUGUUCAAUGACCUCCUGGGUGUUUGCCGGAUCUACCCUGAGCGCGGCACUCACUUACACAGCUGCCGCUUAAACCAUGGGGUUUUCUAUUACAGCUACACUGUUGUCUGUGAUGCUCACCUGAUAGGACCCCGAUGUGGCAGAUACUCCCCCAGUCAUUCAGUAACAGAAUUCUUAUGAACACAGUCACUUACAAACACUGUCCAACUCUGAUAUGAAUUCACUUUUUGAGUAGGCUGUAUAUCACAUCUCUGCAAUGGGCCAGUAAAUUUAUUCAAAGCAGUUUUAAUGAGGCAUAUCUCACAAAGGCUGAAAAAGAUCAACCGUUAUUUUAUUUGUAAUAGUGCAGAGAAUUCCAUAGCAUAGUACCAUACUACACCAGCGAUUCUCAACCCAAGGUUGUGACCCAAAUUUGGGUUCCAGCAAGUGCUUAAAGGUUCGCGAGGCAGAUUUGGAAAUGCAAGAAUUUUAAAACCAGAAAGGUUCUAUGCUGAUCCACGAUCAGAUUUCCCAGCCCCAAUCUUUAGAAGUAAAGUAUAUAUACUGGUCUUGGAUCUGCAAAUGCUUCAUGCAAAACUACUGAACACUCAACCAAUCCAAGAAGCCGAACCACGGAAGCUUAAUUUGAAAUUCACUGGCACGUCCAAUCAGAUUCGUGCAAUAGACAUUGACUGGAGUAAAUUGCAGAGUGCACUGUGUGCUUGAUCAUAGUGUUAAUUUAAACCUGAUACAGGGUCGUGACUGAGCUGGCGUAUUAAAAAUUGGGUUGAGAACCAAUAUACUACACAGUCAUUUGAUCAA